AUGUACGUACAUGUCUUCAACGCUAUGGACUCGGCGUUACGGGACAGGACCCGGCCGUGGGCGGUGCCGUUCGUCUGGCUGGAGAGCAAGACCGGCAUCGACCACACGAAACUCACCGUGGGCUGUCUGUUGGCCGCGAUGGUGUUCACCGUCGCGUCCGGCCGAAUGGUGAUGCUCUUCAGUAACCUUUUGGGGUUCGCGUACCCCGCGUACGCCAGCGUCGAGUGGAUGGUAAAGGACGCCGUGCAACGCGAGACGUCGCCGCCGCCGCCGCCGGCUGUUCCCGUCGACGGCCAGACCGGACGCCACGCGCCCGUCUCGCCGGCCACGCGGUGGCUCACGUAUUGGAUAACGUUCGCGGUUAUGCUCAUGGUGCAGCAGUUGUGCGGCGACGUGUUGCAGUUCAUACCGUUUUAUUUCCUCACCAAAAUCGUGUUUUUCGCGUGGUGCGCGUUACCAAUGGAUGCCAACGGCGCUGCGUUCGUGUACAGAUACGUCGUGUGCGAUCAUUUAAAGCGAUUUUUCGACUGA